AUGUCAACUCAAAUGGCUGCAGGGGAUGUGAUACCCCCAUCACUUGGAAAGUCACAUGAUGCACAACAACAACAGAGAGAUUCCAUUGCUUGCAUAGCAAUGUCGACGUCGCCAACUGAUACCAUCAUGAUGAACCACUCUAUCAUAAAAGACGAGGAUAAUGGUCAGGUUCCAACAACUGCUUCUGCCACCAAUACAAUCACCAAACAUACAGUGUCAUUUGUAGACAUGAACGACCAACAGAAUAAUAAUAAUGUUGAUGUUGAUGAUGAUGAAGACGAUGAAAUGGAAACCGAACCAUCUGCCACUGCCACCACUGAAGACGAAGAAAUUGUACCAAACAAUGAUGAUGAUGAUGAUCUCGAUGAAGAUGACAAUGACAACGACCAAGACAACGACCACUCAACACCAAAAGUAAAAGAACCAUUGUUGUUUGACAAUGAAAACAACAACAACAACGACGACGACGAAGACAAGGAAAUGGAUGAAGAUGAAAUCCAAGAUGAUGAAGAUGAAAUCGAUGAAGAUGAUCAAGAACAACAAGAACUUGACUACCGACACAAUAGCAGCAUCAGAUACAGCAGUAAUAAUAGCAACCAAUCUUAUGAAAGACCAUUGAUUUAUGCCGAUAAAUUUGUCAGACGAGAACUCAUCCAAGUGAUCGAAUACUUGAAAAGUACUAGUAAAGGAGGUGAUAAACCAAAUGAAGAAGUUAUAGUCCACGAAAUUCAUCUUUAA